UAUUGUUUGUGUAGUGCACUGCCCUGCACUGCACACCCCUCAGCAACACAACAAAUUUAGCCAGUUCACUGCAGUGGACUCAUUUGAGACCUCUCUCUCUCUCUCCCCUUCUCUGUGUGUUGUGUGUGUGAGAGAGAGAGUUCACUAGAUUCAUUCCCUACCCUAUAAACAUAGGAACCCAUGAUCUCCCCUUGACAUAAAAUUUUCAAAAGAGAGAGACCGAGACCAAGAUGAUGAUGAUGAGUACUACAAGCAGUAACCAAAAUCCAAAUGUGUUCACAGCAUCACAAUGGGAAGAACUGGAACAGCAAGCUUUAAUCUACAAGUAUAUGGUUUCAGGUGUUCCAGUUCCAACUGAUCUCAUCUUGUCUGUCAGAAGAAGUUUGUAUAACACCUCAGCUUCAUCACUAUCUAACCAACACACCUCCUCCUUAGGAAUAUGGGAAGCUGGAUCAAGCUUUCCAUACAAUCAGUUGUAUCAGAUUGGUGGGUAUGGUGGCAGAAAGAUAGAUUUAGAACCAGGAAGAUGCAGAAGAACAGAUGGAAAAAAAUGGAGGUGCUCUAAAGAAGCUUACCCCGAUUCAAAAUACUGCGAGAGACACAUGCACAGAGGUAGAAACCGUUCAAGAAAGCCUGUGGAAUUCUCUUCUUCUUCUUCUUCAUCUUCAUCUGCUGCCACAAGUGUUAAUAAUGUUUCUUCUUCAUCAGCAAUCUCCAAAUCAAUCGAUGCUUACCCUCCUCCUUUCUCAACUUUUAUGGAUUCUUCAUCUUAUUCUCACCAAACCCUUAAAGAUUACAGGCAGAUGCAAGGAAUGAAGGAUUUAGGAGAGGAUGAGAGAUCAUCAGCAGCAGCAGCAGCUUACUUUCAACUAAAUGAUCCUUACACCGCCACUACACAAUCUGGUCAACAAAACUACUCUCAUUUCAGUUUUCAAAACCUGAAAGAUGAGCAGAAGAAGGAGCAAGGGCAGCACUGUUUUGUGAUGGGUACUGAUUUCAUAAAGCCAUCAGAAGAACAUGAACCCACCAAAUCCACUACCACAAAAGUUAAUGAAACCACCAGUAAACAACCAUUCCACCACUUCUUUUCACCACCAAAAGCCACACUGCUUAACCCUAACCAUGACCCAAACUGGGGUGAAGUUGACCACCCAAAGGCCCCUUUGUCCACCCAAGACCUUUUCCAAUCCAAACCAAGACCUUACUGGUAGUAACUAAUAAUAAUAAUCAGUGGAUCAAUGGAUGUAAUAACUAGGUUUUGUUUUCAAGAAUGUUUUGUUUAAUGUCAUUGUUAACAGAAGCAUGCAAGUGCAUUUUUAGGUUAGAGUGGUAGGGCAACAAACAGGAGAAUUAGAUGUUGGGGCAUGGGGGGUAAAAGUGUCUGAAAUUCACUUGUCAUUAUCAAGAAAAUUGUAACAUUGCAUCCCCCCACUUUCAUAUGUCUGAAUCUGAAUAAUACUAUUACUACUAUCCAAUCC